AUGUGGUCGAGUCUAAAACAACAAUUGAGUGCAGCAUUGCGCAGCUAUAAUGAGCAAGAGAACAGAACUCAUGGGUUUCAUGUCCUUUGGGUAGAAGAUGGUUCUGUUGCUGAAAAGGUUGGCAUUGAAAGUUAUUAUGAUUUUAUAUGUGAGGUUGAUGGAGUUGAACUAAAUGAGGAUUUGGAAUGGCUUCGCAGUUAUUUUACUUGUGCUUCUCGUCCUUUUCAAAUAGCACUAUGGUCACUUAAGGGUCAGGAUAUACGAUAUGUUUCUUUAACGCCAUGCAAACGUUUUGGCUUGUCAUUGCGUUGGUGUGCCAUAAAUACUAUUCAAAAAGUUGUUUGGCAUGUUUUAAGUAUUGAAAAUGGUUCGCCUGCUCAAAUUGCCGGGUUGCAACCAUAUGAUGAUUAUAUUAUUGGAACACCAAAGUAUCUUCUUCAUGGAGAAAGCGAGCUUGAAUUGCUUGUUGAAAAGUUUAUGAAUUUGCCUCUUGAGCUUUAUGUGUAUAAUCACCAUCAUCAAAUAACGCGCCUUGUCACUCUCAUACCAAACAGGAAAUGGGGCGGUUCUGGAGCCCUUGGUUGUGGCUUGGGAUAUGGAUAUCUUCAUCAGUUUCCUCGUAUAUCUCGAGAACGUUCAUUGUAUAUACCUGUAGAGAAUGAUGUGUAUUCUUGUUCAGAAGAAUGUGAUGAAAGAGGAAUUCCGUUAACUGAAACAGAGAAAAUGCUUGGGGAAAUGUCAUUUAUUGCCACUUCAACGCCACAAAGUAAGACGAAAGUAUGGCGUCAACGUCAGAGUAGUCGAAUUUGUGAUGAAACUGUUCUUGCGCUUAUGAAGGAAGGUGAAGUUAAGAGUGAGCAAAUUGCUCAAAAUGAGCAUAAUGUAUAUAAUGCUCAAGCAUUAUUGCAAACAGAGAAAAACAGUGAAAUAGCAGACUUGGAACAGUCUGGAGUUUCCCAGUCUGGUGAGCAAGAUAUAAUUUUUUCUACUUUACAGGGUUCUAUUGGUGAAUAA